AUGGGAAGAAAUUGUGGAGAAGAAAGAGCUCCUCCCAUAGAACCCCAUGAGCAUCAACAAUCGCUAGUGAAGAUAAAGGCCAUCCCUGUAGGGCCAUCAUCUAGAGAAGAAAAUAACUUUACCAUAAGGGCUUAUGCCAAAAGAGUUCGAUCAGAUGCUGAUGAAAUCAGCCUUGUACAUCCAAGAAAG